UCAACAAGGUGUUUAUCGAAUUUCAGUCUCUUCGUGAUGCUGAUCGCCUUGGCGUUUGGUACAGCCUUCUAAAACGGGCCACCGGCCACAAAUUGUCAAGGCUGAAAAUACCACACGGUGGAUGUACCUCACUGCCACCAAGAUUGCCAGACAAAGCUUUGCCAGACAGCGAGGUUGCUGUUGAUGGUGCAACUGUCCCAACAGAAGAUAUUACCGUCCCACAACGCAGCACUUCACCAUAUUGGAUCACAAUGACAACUAGUCCCUUUGUGUUCCCCACUGUCUCUCCUUGGUUCACAAUCCCAGAGUAUUUAACUGUCAGUGAACCUGAUGACAUUGAGAAAGCCCAAUCUCAAGGUUCUACGUUCUCCACGAUCAUGUUGACCGGUUUGCCAGAAGGAAACUACAGACAGGAGGAUGUCACCAAGCUGGUGUGGCGUUACUUCCCUGAUCAGACGGUUCAGACUCUGUACUACAACAUAAUCGUUUUAUCACUGCAGAGGAGGGCCUUUGUGUUUUUUAACAGCUGGGAUACGUGCUGCGAUUUCGCCAGAGAUUACCUCAAAAAUCCAGUUACUGUUGGAGAGUGGACGCUCAGAAUCCACAUUGUUUUACAAGACAUGCUUCCUGGUUCAAGUGAGGAGAGCAUGUAUAGAAGCAUGAUGAAAUGGAGCAACACUCAUGUUCCAGAGUCUGAGGCUCUGGAGGACCGGCUGCUGAGUGUGGAGGUCUCCGAGGUGAAUGUGGACCUUCUCAUGAUGAUCAUGGACGCGGUGGCGUCCAUUGCUGCUUUUGUCAGAUUCUUGCCGCUUGCCAACAGGAUAUGCAUUGAGAUGGCCGAACCUGGUGGAUUAACACAGGUGAUGGAGAGCAAUGUCACCAAGGACUAUUUAUCUUCUUGGAGUAAAGCUGGACGUAUUGAGUCUUUGAAGAGCCUGAAACAGCGUCUGCAAGACUCUGGUGAGAACAAAGUUCACCUCAAAAUGAAAACCAAGAAGACCGCAGAAUCGACAGAUGCAGUGACCAAAGGUGACUGCCAGGCGGAGAGCCAGAGGACCGAGGAGGAAGCAGUGACCCAGCCCGAUGCUGCAGCCGCCCCUGCUGGACGGCAGCCAGAGCCCAAGUGUCCUGAUGACGAGACACAGGAGGGAGAGGAGAAGGAUGGAUGGAGCAUGGCCGACAUUAAAGUUGUGGGAAAACGCAGGAGGGAGCUUGUCGGACCUGAGGCAAAGCGAUCUCGCGCUCAGUCUCCGUGUGUUGUAGCAGAUUUCAGACUGCCUCAGUUCAACCCUAACAGCCCCAUCGGUCAGGAGUUUGUGGUCCCUAAAUCAGGAUUUUUCUGUAACAUCUGCUCUGUUUUCUGCCUGAAUGAGAAGACCGCCAAGGAACUCCACUGCUGCAGCCAGAAACACUACGACAACCUGCAGAAGUAUUAUGAGGAACGUCGACAAAGAGCUACAAAACUUUGUCUCACACGUCUCCAGGCUCCGUUUCUGACUGAUGGACCUGAUCUACUGGAGAACAAGCCAUUGUUAUUGAUCCUACUAGUUCAGAAACUAAACUAA